AUGUGGAUAGUAGAAUGUAAUAACCAUAAUGUCCAAGACUCGAAUUUUUCGACCCGUACCCUAAACGACCCGAAGCCAUUUCCGAGCAAUACAUUCUUCGCAACACCAACUCGUUGUCAUCAUCAUCAUAACCCUCCUCACAACCUUAACAUCCCUUCAAUAUGGAACAAAACACUAACUCUAGGUGAUUAUGGAGGUAAAAGGGAGAUAUAUACAAGCAGAAUGCAGCCACUGGUGAGCUCGAGAUGGAACCCGACUCCCGAGCAAGUGCAAGCACUCGAAGGAAUGUAUCGACACGGGAUUAAAACACCCUCAGCCCAACAAAUACAACAGAUCACCGCGAAGCUUAGGAAAUUCGGAAAAGUCGAGGGAAAGAAUGUGUUCUAUUGGUUUCAAAACCAUAAGGCUAGAGAAAGGCAGAAAAGGCGCCGGAUGGCGGCCGAGGAAAAAAUGCGCUAUUCGAAACAAUCGGGUAAACUUUUUUUUUAA